AUGGGCUCUGGAAGCUGCAACACCACUGUGGAGGUUGUUGGGCAGAGAGGCAACAAGAGGAAGGUCGCCGAUGCUGAGGAUGGACCGAGUAGCAAGAGGAGACUGGUUACCGAGGACGUUGAGGAGGAGCCCACCAAACAACAAGAGUUUGAAGCCAAAUAUAAGGAACUGGAUAACAUUGGUCAAGGAGGAUAUGGAUCCGUGUUUGCUGGCUACCGCAGAGCCGACAACCUCCCGGUUGCCAUUAAACACAUCCCAAUUGACAAAGUCUGGUUCACACAUGAGGACAACGGAAACAUAAUCUCCAUAGAGGUCGCCAUCAUGUUGAAGCUGGCGGCCGAGUCAGAGAGGACAUGGCCAUCCCUGCUGGACUGGUAUCGGUUGGAGAGGGAGCUGGUGCUGGUGAUGGAGAGGCCGAUCCACGCUAAGAGUUUCUGGAGAUACCUCAGAGCGGAAGGACUCUCCAUGACGGAAGAAGAAGUCAAGAUCAUACUGAGGCAGCUGGUCGAUGUGGCACUCAAACUAAAGCGCAAGGACAUUUUCCACCGCGACAUAAAGACGGAGAACAUUCUGAUUGAGACAUCCUCUAAAGUCCCGCGACUUCUCCUCAUCGACUAUGGUGUGAGCUGUUACGACGAUUGGAACCGGAGAUACUUGGAGUUUUACGGUAGUGUGACCCCCCCAGAGAUUUAUGGUGAAUGUGGGUACACAGCAGAACCCACCACAGUGUUUCAGAUCGGAGCGGUGCUGUUUGAUGCCCUCCACGAGGAAAAGAAAGUGUUCGACACGCUCAAGUUCUAUAUGGGUGGUCAGUCUCUCCCCAAAGAGAUGUCUACAGACUGCUACGACUUCCUCCAGAUGUGUCUAAGAAAGUAUCCCGCCACCCGUCCAACACUGGAGCAGCUCAGAAAUCACCAGUGGCUCAGAUAAUCGGAUGAGA